GCGGAGCAGAGCGGUGCAGAAAGCGGAGCGGAAUUAUUUGGCCGCCGAUAACAAACCGCGUACGAAUUUCCAUGUGUUUUGAAUGUACUUUUUGUUUUGUUUUGUGCCUAGUUGUUGUACGUGAUGAACGCGGUGAACUCAAACAUACGGUCGAUUGUUUAAAUUUUCAAUGAAUGGCAGCGGUAGUUUUAAACAAUUCAAUGAAUUAAAUUGACUUGGUGCCCCAAUGUAAGUGAUCCGUUGGCCCCUGUUCUUCAAUAAAUCUCGACAAUAAUUAAGUGAAUAUCAGGUAAACAAUCGAAUUAAAUAUUUUGCGUACACAGUACAAAUAAAUAAUUCGAUUUCUGGCCUCCGCCUAAUUGUACUUGGUUUAUGCGAAAAGUUUUUGCGCCAUACAGGAAAAUUCGAGCCGUGAUUGGCCGGAAAAUGAGUGCAAUAAUUCGCAAGCUUGGCAACUUUUAUGCCCAGCACCACCAACACGGAACUCUGGAUUAUUCGUGGCCAGUACAGCGUGGGUAAUUGCAUUUGGUGACCCAGACGCUGCGGAUGAAGUAAUUUGUUAUUAUAAUUGAUCCGACAAGAAUGGUCGAAUAAUAUGCGCAUUAACCCAUGACAAGAGUUACCCACUUUGACACACCCACGAUGGGGACAGUCGCUUCAGAUUCAACGUCGGAAAAUGUGGAAACGGCGAACCAGUCCCAAACGCAGGAUAAUCUGCGCAUAUUUUUGAAGCGUUUGUAUGCCGAGUGCGUGUACCGAUACAAGAAUGUCACAUACUAUGCGGCCGACCCAUCAGUUUCACUCGGGGCAGCAACAGACUACGAGUCGGAUUUGCCGGAGAAUUUCAGCCCCGUGCCGCGAUAUCUUGAGGACGCUGUAUUGAACGAGGGCGCCAUUGAUAUGCGGAACGUGGACGAGGAGGUGGCGGAAAAGGAGGAGCUAAUGGCCACCGUUCUCAGUGCAACGAUGGCCACAAAUCAGCGGGAGCCGCUGUUCUUCUGCCCCUUGAACUUUGACGGAUAUCUCUGCUGGCCCCGGACGCCGGCGGGCACCGUGCUGAGUCAAUAUUGUCCCGACUUCGUAGAGGGAUUCAACAGCAAGUUUCUGGCCCACAAGACCUGUCUGGAGAACGGCUCCUGGUUCCGUCAUCCGGUAAGCAAUCAGACCUGGUCCAAUUACACCAACUGCGUGGACUACGAAGACCUGGAGUUUCGCCAGUUCAUCAACGAGCUGUACGUGAAGGGCUACGCCCUCUCCCUGCUGGCCCUGCUCAUAUCGAUUAUUAUCUUUCUGGGCUUCAAAUCCCUGCGCUGCACCCGGAUUCGGAUUCAUGUUCACCUGUUCGCCUCGCUGGCCUGCACCUGUGUGGCCUGGAUUUUAUGGUACCGCCUGGUGGUGGAACGAAACGAAACCAUAGCCGAGAAUCCGCUCUGGUGCAUUGGCUUGCAUCUGGUGGUGCACUAUUUCAUGUUGGUCAACUACUUCUGGAUGUUCUGUGAGGGGCUGCAUCUACACCUGGUGCUCGUUGUGGUCUUUGUCAAGGACACGAUUGUGAUGCGGUGGUUCAUUGUCAUCAGCUGGUUAUCGCCGAUUCCCGUUGCCAUGGUCUACGGAUUGGCCAGGCAUUUCAGCGGCCCGGAUAACAAACACUGCUGGAUAAAUGACAGCCUUUACCUGUGGAUCUUCUCGGUGCCCAUAACCCUCUCGCUGCUGGCUAGCUUUAUUUUCCUGAUCAACGUGCUGCGGGUGAUCGUCCGGAAGCUGCAUCCCCAGUCCGCCCAACCUGCGCCCCUGGCCAUCCGCAAGGCGGUGCGGGCCACCAUUAUCCUGGUGCCGCUGUUCGGCCUGCAGCACUUCCUGCUGCCCUAUCGUCCGGAUGCGGGCACCCAGCUGGACCGCUUCUACCAGCUGCUCUCCGUCGUCCUGGUCAGCCUGCAAGGAUUCGUGGUCUCCUUCCUGUUCUGCUUCGCCAACCAUGACGUCACCUUCGCCAUUCGCACGCUGCUCAACAAGUGGCUGCCCCGACUGGUGACCGCUCCGCCGCCGGGGAGUAAUACCGGGCAGAUGGCCACGACCACGCCCAGCCGCGAAUUGGGCGUUUAAGAAUUACCACGCGAGGGUCGAUCGAAAUAUUGACCGCAUCGCCGAGCAAAAAUUCUGAACGGAGUUCAAGCAAAAGCAUUUCUUUUUUUCAUUAUCCUGAUACAAAUAACGCAAGAAGUCAGUCAAAAAGUCAACCUUAUUUUCACUUGCUAUAAUUUUUAUUUAAAGCAUCACAAAAAACAUGGAAAAAAGCUAACUUCGGCAAGCCGAAAUUUAUAUAACCUUGCAGCUAUUGCAAAAAUUAAAUGUUUUCAAUUAGAAACGUAUUUGAAAACUAAUAUAUUUUUCACAGCGCACACUGGGCCAGAGGGCCCGAGUUUUGGCCAGAUGUCCGUUUUUUUUUUGAGAAAAUUAAUAAAAUGAGAAUGAGGCCCUUUUUAAUAUACAUUUAGCUAACUCAU